AUGGAAGCCGAAAGUUCAGAAGACCAGAUCUGCAUCCCUGCGACGCUGAUGCGCGGAGGUUCGAGCAAAGCUGUGUUCCUGCACGCCACGGACAUUCCGCCACCCGGGGGGAAGCGAGACAGACUCCUGAAACGUAUCAUGGGCACGCCCGAUCCACUCCAGAUCGACGGCAUGGGCGGAACCAAGGCCGUCACAUCCAAAAUGGCCAUCAUAUCAGCUUCGGACCGUCCGGAUACCGACGUCGACUACACGUUUGUGCAGGUGGCGGUCGCGGACAACGAGAUCCAGUAUAAUCUCAACUGCGGCAACAUUUCGGCCGCGGUGGGUCCUUGGGCCAUUGAUGAAGGGUUGAUCAAGGGAUUCAGGAACGGAAGAAAACCGCCUACAGAUCCAGAAAUAGUUAGCGACUACUCGAACGGCGUAGACAGUAGCGUCUUGUUGACACGCGGGCCGCGAUAUCAAGAGAUCCGGAUCUACAACACCGGCACUGGCAAGAACAUGAUUGCGCACGUCCCUAUCGGCCCAAAGGGCCGCAGUGUUUCCAAGGGAGACUUCAAGAUUGCGGCCGUGCCUGGUUCCGGGGCUCCGAUCAUGCUUGACUACCGCGAAACUAUCGGUGCGGCGCUGAACCGAGGACUCUUGCCCACCGGCAACGUCACCGACGAGUUGCGAAUGAGCAACGGACAGACGGUGAAAAUCACCAUGUGCGAUGUUGGGAAUCUCUGUGUGUUUGCUGCGGCCAGAGAUUUAGGUGUCAGUGGAUACGAAUCUGCCGCCGAGCUGACAGGGAACAAGGCCCUCAUCCAGGCGGCCAAGGAACUACGAGGUCGCGCCGCCGCGUUGGCAGGCAUGUGUCGGAAUUGGGACAAAGUUGAUGAGCAGUCUCCCUUUGUCCCGAUGCCAGUGCUUGUGGCGCCGCCUCCUUCGGUUCAUCCUGAGGCCCACGUCUCGGGCCGCCUGUUUCUGGACAACAUGUGCCACGAGAGCAUGGCCGGUACGGGUUCGGUGUGCUUCGCCGCCUGCAGUCGGAUCAGAGGGUCUGUGGUGUUUGAUAUUGUGGGUGAAAAGGCAGGCUGGCGAGGCACCUUCAAUAUUGCUCACCCCGUUGGCGUGAUGCCUGUUGCGGUGGAAGUUGAAGAGUCCUCCACCGAUAGGGGUAACCCCAAAUUUCUGACCUUGUCGUUCAUCAGGACGGCAAGAAGGCUCAUGGACGGCCGUAUCUAUGUACCCACAGAAACCCUUGACGACGCAGCAGAGACAAAUGGCCAUGCUCCACCGAACGGGACGCUGACAGUCUCCUCGGACAAUCAUGCCCUUAGUAACAGCGACCUUGCUACUAUCAACGGAGCUUCUACACAUACAAAGACGGUAACAUCGAGCCCGGCAGCCCAAAACACCCCAGUCACCCAACUUUUCGCUGAUUUCGCCUCUCGCGCCGGAAUGGGGGAAGUUGAACUGAACCCGUUUCUCAAGUCUCGAUUGAGAGAAUACCUCAUCGACUAUAUUGCCGUUACGGCAGCGGCAGCGCACGACUGCGUGUCCACACCCGCAAUCCUCAAUGCAGUGAUGGCGCUGGGAGGCCAUGUAUAUGGCUCCAACACGGUCGUUGGCAAAGGAAGAAAAUUCACGCCCCAAUACGCCGGACUCCUGAAUGCAACAUUUGGCCACUCAAUGGAUUUUGACGACACAUACGCCGAAGGCACGCUGCACGCGGGUGUGACUGCCAUCUCGGCCGGACUGGCGCAAGCAGAACUUCUCGGGCCCCAGACGACGGCAACCCAGUUCUUGACAGCGGUCGCAGUAGGCUACGAAGUCACCUGUCGACUCGGCCGAGAACUAGGGAACGAAGCAUAUGCCCGAGGCAUGCACAACACCUCGACGGCCGGAAUUUUUGGAGCGGUCGCAACAAUUGCCGUUCUCAAGCGGCUUGAUUCGAGUACUAUUGAAAAUGCAUUCGGCCUUGCGGUGUCCAAGGCAGCUGGGUCGAUGCAGUACCUCGAGAACGGCAGCUGGAACAAGCGACUUCAUCCCGGGUUCGCCGUUCACGAUGCAUUCGUUGCCAUCGCUCUGGCCGAGAGUGGCGUACUCGGGGCCGCGAAGGCUUUCGAAGGCACGUUCGGGUUCUUGCACGCAUACUCCCCGAAGGAAUACAAAGACCUCGACCGCCUUACGCGCAAUUUGGGCGCGGAGUGGGUCUUUACUGAGACGUCGUUGAAGCCGUUCCCAGCCUGUCGGAUGACGCAUGGCUGUAUCGAGAUGGCCAGUGCCGCGGCGGAGAGUGAUUCUAAUAGAUCGAAGCAGAUAGAGAAGAUGACCGUUUGGCUGAGCUCGAACAAUCUCAGUGUCGUGGGACAGCGAACACAGUCCAAACUCCGGCCACAGAACGUCGUCGACGCACAGUUCUCCGUCUUCUUCCAGACGGCGCACGCAUUCCUCUACGGCAUGAACGUGGGGCCGGCCAUGUAUUCAAGAAUAGACGAUACGGAGGUACAGAACCUCGCACAGAAGAUCGAAUGUGUGGUUGACGAGAAGUAUAAGGGUCGCCAUGGCAUGGGUUCGAGGCUGAGGAUAGACUUCACGGAUGGAACAAGCGAUGAGAGGGAAAUGCUGUCACCACUCGGUGAGAAUGAGCAUCCCUUCACUAGAGAACAAAUCGAUGCUAAAGCACUUGGCAUGCUGACACCCGUCUUUGGAGAGGUGCAGGCGGCAAGGAUUAGAGAUGUCGUGGAUGGUAUCGAGGAGGGGACAGUUGUCGAGCUGUCGGAAUUGUUGGAAUUGCUGUGCUAUUCCCUCGAAAUAGAGAGAUAG